AGCGGAGAGGUCAACAUUGUUGCCAUCAAUGACCCCUUUAUCAACCUGGACUACAUAGUGAGAACUUUAUAUAGCUACUGACAAAUAUACAAUUAAAAUGUAUGGAAAUUGAAAUAAAUUGAGAAAUAUAAACCUAUUUGACUGAAGUCAGACCUUGAGUAGGUCAGGUUUGUUCCCAUUAAACUCAAUAAAUAUCUCAGGUGCACAAGUCUACUGUACACAUAUUCAACACCUCCCUAAAGAUGGUAUGUAAUAUCACUGACCAGCUCUCUACCCUUGCCUCUGUUCCAUAGGUCUACAUAUUCAAAUAUGACUCCACCCACAGUGUUUGGAAGCACAGUGAAGUGAGACAAGAGAAUGGCAAGCUGGUCAUUGGCAACCUGCACAUCACAGUUUUCCAUGAGUAAGGGUUUUUCCUUUUCUUUACUAAUGCUCCAGGUGCAUACAUUGGCUUAUUUUGUGCAGGGUUUGAAAUGACACUGUGCAUUUUUCAGAUACACUGUUUUGCACAGAAUCAAAUUGCUGGGUUAUACAUUUAUUUUGGCAAUAUGAAGAUUUGUCUGUGUUUCUUAAACAUCCACAUUGACUCUUGGGAGUCCCUUAGCAGUGGGCUAGUGUGUGUGUGUGUGUGUGUGUGUGUGUGUGUGCUCAUGGUGUAACACUUCAGGUUCCCAUCCCUGGAUUGUUAUGGGAGUGCACAGAACCUCUGUAAUUCUAACCCUAGUUUUAUGGUAUAAUCCUAACUUCUCCUAUCUCUUUGUCAUCUUCAGGAGGGACCCUUCCCAGAUCAAGUGGGGCGAUGCUGGAGCUGACUAUGUUGUGGAGUCUACUGCUGUGUUCACCACCAUCGACAAGGCCUCUGUAAGUACCUCUUUUCGCUAGCAGUAGGUCAUUGACAAUGGUCUAUACUUGAAUUCUGUGAAAAAUAUAUAUUUCUUAGGACUUCAUAGCUAUAAGGUUGUGGGUGAUCAGCAAGUGAGCACAAUGCUGUAUGUAUUUUUAUGCUGUAAAUUGUUUACAUUGAUAUCUUCAUUUUUGCAUCCAGACUACCAAUUUUGCAUAUCAUCAGCUGUAUGUGACUGAAUCAAGCAAGGCAGCCUUGAUGCUGUGUAUUUGUUGUUACACAGACGUACCCUUUGACCUCUCACCCCACCCACCACCACCACAGGCUCACCUGCAGGGAGGUGCCAAGAGGGUCAUCAUCUCCGCCCCCAGCGCCAAUGCCCCCAUGUUCGUGAUGGGUAUCAACAUUCUUGUCGUACAUGUAAUGUUUUCUCCUGUCUGCCUCAGGCCCCUUAUGAAGAGAUCAAGAGAGUCAUCAAGGAGGCCUCCAAAGGACACAUGAAAGGAAUUCUGGGAUACACAGAGGACCAGGUAAAUAUUUUCCCAUUCCAAGACCCAUAAUUCCUUCCAUACUUAUAGAAAUCACUGAUCGAACAUGAUUUGAUAGGUGUGACCAAGGUUCUGUGUUGCUGUCCCUAAUCAUGUCAUGUCAGUGAUUACCACAAUAAAGGAAAUAAGGAAGGAUGCAUUUUAUGACUACUUGAACAGGGCCCAAGCUUUCCCUGCUCUCAUGUGCUGAGCCUCAAGGUCAUAUGAUGCAAUACCUAAACUCAAAAAUUUCUGUUCAUUUCUGUUUUUCACAUAAUGAGCCUAAAGCCUAUUGCUCUCCCCUCCACAGGUGGUAUCCACUGACUUCAACGGCGACAAACGUUCCUCAAUCUUCGACGCCGGCGCAGGCAUUGCACUCAAUGACCACUUUGUCAAGCUGGUCUCA